AUGGAGGAUAUGCUCAGAGAUAUUUAUGCAAAUGAUACCAUUCAAGAAUUAAAGUUUAUUCCAAUUAAUUAUAAAAAGUCUACAAAUUGGUGGAUUUUAAAGGGUGCAACUUCAAAAAAGAGACCUGAUACUGGAAUUUUUAUUAUAAAGAAAAUGGAUGAAUUAUUUAAAGUUGCUUAUGCAAAUAAUGAAAUUCCCGCGAAAGAAUUAUCUUUACUCUCGAAAGAAAAUAAACUGAACACUUUUAAAAAUCAAUCAUAUCUUAUACCUUCAGAGAAUAAUGAAAGUAUUUCUAAUGAUACAUCUUUAACCAUGGAAAAAGACAAAAGGAUCACUACAAUAGGUGCAAGUUCACCACCUUCCUUUUUUGAGCCCGACGUUAUUAGUAUGCACUCUUCUAUUAUGCAAAUUGAGCAACUACAAAUAGAACCUGAUUCAGCAAAUUUAACUACUACGAUAUAUUGUAUGUGA